AUGCCUAACUUGCUGCCAAGGAAUCCGUUCCAUCACCACGAACAGAGCUCGAGGGGAAUGGAUAAUAGCUCGCAUGACAAUCAUGGUGGUCUAACGAGAAACUCGAGGUCGUUUUUGAAUUUCAUGAACAAAAGACAGAGCAACGAUUCGCUGAAAAGUGACAAGUCGACAGACUCCUUACAAACGACAUUCACGCCGGUCAAUCAUCAUAAUAUAAGUAAUGGCCAUCAGACUCUGCAUGAGAAUAACACAUCGAAUACGACGUCGCCGAAAAGCUCCCAUUCGAUGGCAGAAUUGAAAAGGUUUUUCAGGCCAAAUCUCCAUAAAAAACCCUCGGGGAGCUCUCAUAACAAUAGAUCGGCGUCUACUUUGAAUUUGCAGUUACCGUUCAACCACUUUCCAGCCCAAAGUGGGCAGCAACAGCAUCAGCAACAUCAUCAUCGUCAAGCUCAUACAUAUAGUGAACAUCAUACGCAUACACAAUCGGCAAUACCGCCAAGUUCGGACUCAACAUUAUCAUUAUCGAACAAUAUAAAUAUAUAUCAUGAUGACUCGAUAUUGGCUCAAAAGUACGGUAAAUUGGGUAAGCUUUUGGGAGCCGGGGCCGGUGGUUCUGUUAAAGUCUUGGUGAGACCAACUGAUGGUGCAACUUUUGCAGUCAAAGAGUUCAGACCAAGGAAGACAAAUGAAUCCGUUAAGGAUUACGCUAAAAAGUGUACGGCAGAGUUUUGUAUUGGUUCAGCUUUAAGACAUCCUAACAUAAUUGAAACACUUGAUAUUUUCUCCGAUUCAAAACAGAAUAAAUAUUAUGAGGUCAUGGAAUAUUGUCCAAUCGAUUUUUUCGCUGUGGUAAUGACAGGUAAAAUGUCUCGUGGUGAGAUAAAUUGUUGUUUGAAACAACUGACUGAAGGUGUUAAAUAUUUACAUUCCAUGGGAUUAGCUCACAGAGAUUUAAAAUUAGACAAUUGUGUUAUGACCACUGAUGGUAUAUUGAAAUUAAUCGAUUUUGGUAGUGCAGUUGUCUUCAGAUAUCCAAUGGAAAAUGAUGUUACACCCGCUCAUGGAAUUGUUGGUAGUGAUCCAUACUUAGCACCUGAAGUUCUAACUUCAACGAAAUGCUACAAUCCUCAAUUUGUUGACGUCUGGUCAAUCGGUAUCAUUUACUGUUGUAUGAUGUUGAAGAGAUUUCCUUGGAAAGCACCUCGUGAGUCGGACGAUAAUUUUAGACUUUUUUGUAUGCCAAAUGAUGUUGAACAUGAUUAUGUUGCAUCAGCGAAACAUCAUGAACAAUUGCUAAUGGAACGAAGAGAAAAACACAAAAGACAUGAACGUCUGGCUGAAAUUGAAAAUGCCAAUGAACAUGAGAGUGAACAAUCGAAACAGCAAAAUGUCGAAAAGGGUAAUUAUGAAGUCAAUUCAAAAUCAAAGGCCGAGGUUGAAAAUAAUCAUGUUGAGAAUAAGGAGAACGGAGACAAUGUACAACAGCUGCAAAAUAAUCAGACAAAUGAUAACGAGGAUCCUCAACAUGAAAAGAAUGAAGUCAAAGAUGAAGUCAAAGACGGGGUGAAAGCUGAAGUUAAAGACGGGGUGAAAGCUGAAGUUAAAGACGGAGUGAAAGCUGAAAUCAAAAAAGGUGCGGAAGAUGAAAAUAAAGGUAAAGGAAGGGAAGCUCUUGAAGACACAAAAGAAUCGGCAGCAACAAAACAACAUUCGCAUAAGUCCUGUGAAACUUGUAAACCAGAUAAUGAUCAUUCUAAAGAAGACGCCGGUAACAAGAAUCUUUCAUCUAAAAAGACCACCGGCUCAGGUAAUUGUGCUGAGCGAACCGAGUCUAAUGCGCAUGAUUUAAAGUCAGUUGCUUCGCAUAAGACUCACCAUAAGAGGGUGAUUCAUGGUCCAUAUAGACUGCUACGCUUACUCCCUCAUGCUUCAAGGCCUAUCAUGUCCAAAAUCUUGGAGAUAGACCCAAAAAAGCGUGCUACAAUGGUUGAUAUGUACGAGGAUGAUUGGUUUAAAAAUACUCCAUUCUGUACCAUGGAUGCGAAAAAACAAGUAAUUAGAGCUCCUGGUCAUCACCACACUUUGGUCAAAGAAGAAGACGCUCAUUUGGAAACUUAUAAAGUAUAA